ACAAAGACACGUCAUAUCAUAAGGUUUCAAUAAUAAUGCAUAUAUUUUUCCGCCAAUGUAUAUUUUUUUAUCAAUCUCUGCCUCAAAAAUUUGCUUCCUCUGUUUCGAACCCAAUUGGGCAUCUUCGUCGUCUUCUUCUUCAACAUUCAUCAUCGUCAUCAAUUUCUCUGUAGCUCUUUCACAAGUAUUUCUUCAAUUUCAUAGCGAGAGAGAAAUAAAAGGGAGAACACAGAGAUCAGAGAGAAAUUCAAAAACGAAUCCGUGUGAGGACGUUUUAAAACUGCCAAAGAGACGUUUUACUUUUACAUGCACAUAGAGACAUACGUUUAUUUUGUGUAGCUAUAGCUCUUAAGAGUUUGAAUUUUCUCGAGAUCUUUGACCGGAGCGAAAACGACGAAGAUAUAGAAAAUCUAGCGAAACGACGAUUCGGACUUGGGAGACUCUCUUGCGUUGUGCUUGGAUCUGGUUCCGUUGUAAAUUUGAGGUUUUGAUUGACCAGAGGAAGUUAGCUUUGUUCAUCUAGAUUAGGCUAUUAUUGAGGUGUUGUUGUGGCUCUGAAGCAAUAAAGGAUUUGAUGAGAUGAAGGCAGUUAAAAGAUGGAGUAUAGGGAACUUAGCGGACAUUCCCGUGUCUUUGCCUGGAGCUCGAUACCGUGCUCCUCCUCCAGGAAGAAGACGAGUAUGGAUCAUCAUGGUGCUUUCACUGAUCACCAUGUUCUUUAUUAUGGCUUACAUGUAUCCUCAUCAUAGUAAACGUGCUUGUUAUAUGAUUUCAUCAAGAGGAUGCAAGGCUUUAGCUGAUUGGCUUCCACCUUCUCUGAGGGAAUAUUCAGAUGAUGAGAUUGCAGCUCGUGUAGUCAUUAGAGAAAUAUUGAGUUCACCUCCUGUUAUUAGAAAGAACUCUAAAAUUGCUUUCAUGUUUUUAACUCCUGGUACAUUGCCUUUUGAGAGGCUUUGGGACAGAUUUUUCCUGGGCCAUGAAGGGAAAUUCUCUGUUUAUAUACAUGCAUCAAAGGAAAGGCCAGUUCACUACAGUCGUUACUUUCUCAACCGCGAAAUUCGUAGUGAUGAGGUGGUGUGGGGAAGGAUAUCAAUGGUUGACGCAGAGAGACGGUUGUUAGCUAAUGCUCUUAGAGACACUUCUAACCAGCAAUUUGUUUUACUCUCUGAUAGUUGUGUACCACUUCGAAGUUUUGAAUACAUUUACAAUUACCUGAUGCACAGCAAUCUCAGCUAUGUUGACUGCUUUGACGAUCCAGGUCAACAUGGAGCAGGCAGGCAUAUGAAUCACAUGUUGCCUGAAAUCCCAAAGAAGGAUUUUCGAAAGGGUGCACAGUGGUUCACCAUGAAGCGACAACACGCUGUAGCAACUAUGGCAGACAGUCUUUACUACUCUAAAUUCCGAGAUUACUGCGGGCCAGGUAUAGAGAACAACAAGAACUGCAUAGCUGAUGAACACUAUCUGCCAACAUUCUUUCAUAUGCUUGAUCCCGGUGGCAUUGCUAACUGGACUGUAACACAAGUUGAUUGGUCUGAGAGAAAGUGGCAUCCCAAAACAUAUAUGCCUGAGGAUAUCACACACGAGUUACUAAACAACCUCACGUCUACUGACACACUCGUACAUGUCACAAGUGUUGGGAUGGGUGAAGAAAUAUGGAUGCCUUGUAUGUGGAACGGAAUCCAAAGACCGUGUUACUUGUUUGGAAGGAAAUUUCACCCGGAUACACUCGAUAAACUGUUGGAUCUCUUCUCAAAUUACACAAGAUCAGUCACUUGGAAUUUGUGAUUAAAAUCAGAUUUUUCUUCAUAUACACAGUAUUCUUUGACCAAUGUUCGACUCCCCCACCCACAUGAAUCAAUAUCACCUUUGAAGCUGUAACACUGCAAGUCUAGAAGCUUAAGGAGGUAUGAGAUAUUUUAUCUCAUAAUAUGCUUCAUUUGGUUGGAAGGAUACGUUGGUUUUAUUCUUCUCUACUCUGUUUUUUUUUUGGCUAUAUAUCUCAUUGUUACUUUACUGUUGUUUUGUGUUCAGAAUGUUGAACAAACAAAAGUUAUACAGGUUUAUAGAGUUUCUUUGCACAUAUAUAUGUUCUUUGGUUUUGACCAUUAAAGAAGAGUCUAUCAAUUGCAACAAACUUCUUGAUAUAUUUUUUUAUUAACAAUAUAGUAAAUCUAAACUUACUCAUACAUAUUUAAUCUCCAUUGAAAAUCUCAA